UUAACAGAGCCAAUGGGACCCGUAACAUCUAAGAAGUCUUCAGUCCAGGGAGCCACCGGACAAACUGCCCUUUUUCCUUGGACAUCAAAAAGGACUGUGGACCUUGGAAAGAACACGGUAACUCACUCGUUUCUGGUCAUGCCAGAAUGCCCAUACCCCUUACUUGGACGUGAUCUCUUACAGAAAUUACAAGCCACAAUAUCCUUCGAGGAGGACGGAGCAUACUUCACCGUGGAUCCAAAGAAACCAGACCCAGACCCGUCCUCCCCUGUCUGCAUUCUUCUAACUUGUCCUCUCUCGGAGGAAUAUCUCUUGCAGGAAAAGGCCAAGGUGACGUCAGACGAGGGACCCGAGUCAUCUUCAUACUUGAGGGAAUUACAAUGUCUUUUUCCCAUGGUUUGGGCAGAGAACAACCCCCCGGGGUUAGCGAGUCAUCAAGCUCCUGUGAUAGUCCAACUGCAAGCCACCGCCACUCCAGCUCAGGUGAGGCAAUACCCCCUGAGUUUAGAGGCGAAAAAGGGAAUUGCUAAACAUAUUUGCCGGCUUCGGGAAGCGGGAAUUCUGAUUCCCUGCCAGUCUCCCUGGAAUACCCCCUUGCUUCCAGUUUUAAAACCUGGGACUAAAGACUACAGGCCAGUACAAGACCUAAGGGAGGUGAACAAGAGGGUUGAGACCAUACAUCCCACGGUACCGAACCCUUACACUCUGCUAAGUCUUCUGCCUCCAGAGAGACAAUUCUACACGGUCUUAGAUUUAAAGGAUGCCUUCUUCACCAUACCCCUGGCCCCAGUUAGCCAGCCUAUCUUUGCAUUCGAGUGGAAUGACCCAGAGGGUGGAUUCUCAGGACAAUUAACCUGGACUAGACUGCCUCAAGGUUUCAAAAACUCUCCCACCCUUUUUGAUGAAGCCUUGAGCUCAGACCUACUUGCCUUUAGACAGGAGCAUCCUGAAUGUACCCUACUCCAGUAUGUAGAUGAUCUUCUGCUGGCAGCAGAUACUGAGGAAAAUUGCCGACAAGCCACUGAGGGCCUGUUAGGCACCUUACAAGCAUUAGGCUAUCGGGUAUCAGCCAAGAAGGCACAGUUGUGCUCCUCUGAUGUCACAUACCUGGGGUACAUUAGCAAAGGCUGAUGGACCCUCUCCCUCAGUCCAAUAGAGGCAAUCUUACGGAUCCCCAUACCUACAACCAAGAAGCAGGUUCAGGAAUUCUUAGGGGCAGUUGGAUACUGCCACAUGUGGAUACUGGGGUUCGCGGAGAUUGCUGAACUUCUGUGCUCAAGCGCUGGGGAGGUGCAGCCGUUAAACUAGACCGAAGUAGAGCAACGGGCCUUUGAGGAGCUAAGGAAGACUCUCGUCUCAGCACCUGCCCUAGCCUAGCCAGACGUCAGGAAGCCCUUCCACCUCUACGUGAGUGAGGUAAGGGGCAUUGCCAAAGGGGUUCUCACCCAGACUCUAGGUCCCUGGAAGAGACCUGUGGCCUAUCUGUCUAAGACGUGCCUCCGGGCAGUGGCCACCACAGCAUUGCUGGUAAAGGAGGCAGAUAAGCUGACUUUGGGCCAGGAACUAGCCCUGACAACACCCCAUGCUGUGGAAGCCCUCCUUCGUGGUGCUCCGGAGAGAUGGAUGUCAAACACCAGGGUGACCCAGUACCAAGCUCUUCUCCUGGACCAGCCCCGCAUCCGAUUCCAUAAGACACUGGCCAUCAACCCUGCCAGCCUGCUCCCAGAUGAUGAUCCGGAUGAGCCCAUCCAUGACUGUAUAGAGGUAACGGAUGCAGUACAGACAGCCCGCCCGGAUCUGACAGAUGUCCCGCUAUCAUCACCAGACGAGGUACUGUUCACGGAUGGGAGCAGUUAUGUUCAGGAUGGGAUCCGAUAUGCAGGGGCAGCUGUAGUCACCCUGGACCGUACCAUUUGGGCACAGUCCCUGAAUAGGGGAACCUCAGCGCAGAAAGCCGAACUUUUGGCCUUAAUCCAGGCCCUUCGGUGGGGAAAGGGAAAAGCAAUCACCGUUUAUACCGAUAGCCGGUAUGCCUUUGCCACAGCGCACGUACACAGUGCCAUCUACCGGGAAAGAGGGUUACUAACUUCGGCAGGAAAGGACAUUAAAAAUAAGGAAGAGAUUUUAGCCCUAUUAGAGGCCAUCUGGCUCCCAAGGGCAGUUGCAAUAGUGCACUGCAAAGGACAUCAGAAAGGGGAGACAAUUGAAGCCAGAGGAAAUAGAGCCACAGACUAAGCUGCCAAGGAAGCUGCCCUAAAACCAGUGGGGCCUUUACACGUCUUAACCCCCUCCUACACUAAACAAGAGGAGGAAUUGGCAGAACGGAAGCAAGCCGUCAAAGGACCAGAUGGCUGGUGGACUCUACCGGAUGACAGACUGUUGGUCCCAGAGGCUCUAGGUCGGACGUUAGCUGCCCAGUUACACCAGGCUACCCACCUGGGUGUCUCCAAGACUUCUGAACUUCUGCGAGGCAGAUACUACAUACCAAGCUUAGAUGAGAUGAUUAAAAGCAUAGUCACUAGAUGUACUGUUUGUGCACAGGUAAAUGCUAAGCAAGGUAAGAGGGCCCCCCCGGGAAUUCGGGCCCGGGGAAACUCCCCGGGAGAACAUUGGGAGGUAGAUUUCACAGAGAUCAAGCCACCAGCAUCAGGAUACAGGUACCUGCUAGUUUUUGUAGACACCUUCUCAGGUUGGGUAGAAGCAUACCCCACUAGGACAGAAACUGCCUCCGUAGUAGUUAAGAAAUUACUCCAGGAGAUUAUACCCAGAUUUGGGCUACCAGGGACCAUAGGGUCAGAUAAUGGCCCCGCUUUUAUAGCGAAAAUAUCUCAAAGUAUAGCACAAAUCUUAGGUAUAAACUGGAAACUUCAUUGUGCAUACCGCCCACAAAGUUCAGGACAGGUAGAACGUAUGAACAGAACUCUAAAAAAAACUCUGACUAAAUUUGUCCUAGAAACCGGCGAGAAUUGGACCAGCCUCCUGCCCUUCGCCCUCUUACGGGCCAGAUGUACCCCCUACAAGGAGGGGUUCUCUCCCUUUGAAAUCAUGUUUGGUAGACCUCCCCCUAUCUUACCCAAAAUUAGGGAAGAAUUAAAAGCUGAAAUUUAUAACCAUUCCUUGCUCAAGUCCCUGCAGGCUCUACAGCAUAUCCAGAAAGCUACCCAUAAACUUGUUCGAGACGCCCUGCCAGUGCCCACCUCGGACCCUGUACAUCCUUUUCAGCCUGGGGACUCCGUGUGGGUAAAGAAGUUCACUGCUCAAGGACUCACCCCAACUUGGAAGGGACCUUACACUGUCAUCCUGACUAUGCCCACAGCUGUCAAGGUUGACGGCAUCCAGACCUGGCUACACCACUCUCAGCUGAAGGCAGCAGGAGCAGAAUGGACCACCGACACCACCUCGGACCCCUUAAAGAUAAGACUCUCGCGGGUAUCAAGGUCCUAACCUUU